AUGGCCAUCUCUCAUGAAUACUCCCUCCGGGGAACGUCACAAAGUAUGGUGGCCUUGGAGGACCGCUUCGAGGUCAUGAAGGAAAUCGGAGACGGGUCGUUUGGCAGUGUCGUGCUCGCUCGAACGCGGACUGCCGGUGCCAAUGUUGCACGAAGAGGCACAAUGGUGGCUAUCAAAACGAUGAAAAAGACCUUUGAGUCGUUCGCUCCCUGUCUCGAGCUCCGUGAAGUCAUCUUCCUCCGCACGCUUCCUCACCAUGUGCACCUUGUCCCCGCCCUCGACAUCUUUCUUGAUCCAUUGAGCAAGAAACUUCACAUUUGUAUGGAGUAUAUGGACGGCAACCUUUACCAAUUAAUGAAAGCCCGAGACCACAAGUUCCUUGAGGGAAAGCACGUCAAGAGCAUUUUGUACCAGAUCCUGUCCGGGCUCGACCACAUCCAUGCCCACAACUUCUUCCAUCGCGACAUCAAACCCGAGAACAUCCUUGUCUCCACAUCGGCGCCCGUUGAUUCGGCUUUUACACGCUAUUCUAACCUCGUCACGCCUCCUUCGACCCCUCCCACAUACACCGUCAAGAUUGCCGACUUUGGUCUGGCUCGUGAAACACAUUCCAGGUCGCCGUAUACAACCUACGUGUCAACACGCUGGUACCGAGCACCGGAAGUACUCCUCCGUGCCGGAGAGUACUCUGCUCCCGUCGAUAUCUGGGCCGUUGGAGCCAUGGCCGUUGAGAUAGCCACGCUGAAGCCAUUGUUCCCUGGUGGGAAUGAGGUCGAUCAAGUGUGGCGCAUCUGUGAAAUCAUGGGAAGUCCCGGAAACUGGUACACCAAGUCUGGUGCCAAAGUUGGUGGUGGAGAAUGGCGCGAUGGUAACAGACUCGCGCAGAAGCUCGGCUUCACCUUCCCCAAGAUGGCUCCUCAUUCUAUGGAAUCGAUUCUGCAGCCUCCUCACUGGCCACAGUCAUUGAGCAACUUUGUGACUUCGUGUUUGAUGUGGGAUCCUCGUAACCGGCCAACGUCUACUCAGGCUUUGAACCACGAAUACUUUACCGAUGCCGUGGACCCAUUGUUGAGACCAAAGUCGUCAACUGCGAGGCUUAUGGGUCGCAAGAUGUCGGAGAAGAACAUCCGACCAGCAGCCAAGGAUGGCAGCGAGUCGCCUGCACUGUCUACCAAGCCCUCUUGGUUCCGUCGAUCCUUGGUCGUACGAUCUGACAGCCCUGCCCCUGUCGUUGAACCUGAACCCGUACGACCGGCUCCAGUUACACAGACCACAACUGCCGAGAUGCAGGCAGCCAAGGGCCGAUCAGCAGCUAAGCGAGCAACGUGGGCAAAUGGAGCUCCCAUGCCUAUUCUCCCUUCCAUCCGACCGGUGUCCCCCCUUUCAAAUGCAGUCACCGCCCAAGCAAACUCUGCUGUUGCGCACCACAACCAUCAAGUUUCAGCCAUGCAACAACAAGCAGAUGCAGCCAAAUCCAAGAAGAUUGGUCGCCAGCUGUCGGUCAACUCUCAUGGAAACCACUACUCGGACGCUCACAGACAGGAAGCUGAGCGAGCAUUGAAUGGCAUCGGCAAUGGCACGAAUUCUGCCGCGCAAAAAGAAAGCUUCUUUUCACACCUGCGGAAACGAGCUCGCCGGUUAUCUGGCCGGAACCAAGCUGCCGCAGUCAACUACGACGUCGAAGCCAAUGCCGGAUGCUCUCCUUGGCCAAAUCGAUCAUCUGUCGCACUGGACGCGAACAUGGUUGAAGCCAAAAACGUCGAGUUUGCCGAACUGGACAAAGCCGUCCAGGAUAUCAAAUAUGGCAUAGAGUCAGCCAACCCUCCCCCUCAGCUCACCUCUGUCCCGAACCACGUCUUAUCCAAGAGACAAUCUGUUCCCGGAGGUCCUCUUCGGUCUAUGACCGAAAGCCCUUCCCCAGUUGGCGGACCUGUGUCUAGCCGAACUCGCAGGGCGUUGCAGAUGUCAUCGCAUCCUGUUCAUCGGUACGAGACUCCUGAAGAAGAGGACGAACUGCUUGACGAAGUUCUUCACUCGGCCAGCAAGGCCGCGAGACGCCUUGCCCAGCGAUAUGAUGAGGAUUCUUCCUCUUCUCUAUACAAAGAGGACAGCCACGUUUCCGACUUGGCGAACGACUCUAGCCGUACGCUGAACCCUUACCCUACUCCCUCUCCGUCAGCCAAGCGGGACGGAGUCUCGUUUGGUCUGAAUGACAGUACACCUGUCAAACAAAGGGAGUCAAAGGUCAACGGUGAGAACUCGAACCGUCAAUGGCCCACGCCUCCAUACUCGGACCAAGAGUGGGCUGCCGCGGUUGCCAACACCAUCCUCUCUGAGUCGACCUACCGGUAG